CCGCUCUCCGCUGACAGGCGGCGCCCCGGCCGCUCUCUGCUGAGCCCCGGCCGCUGUUCGCUGAGCCCCGGCCGCUGUUCGCUGAGCCCCGGCCGCUGUUCGCUGAGCCCCGGCCGCCAUGGCGCUGCUGCUCGGCGCCGAGGAGAAGCCGGCGGAUGUGGCCGGCGCGGCCCAGCCGGCGCCGCAGCUCUGCCACACGCUGGAGGACCGCGAGCUGGGACUGGGACGGCCCCGGCGCCGGCCGCCGCCCCACCGCCGCCUGCUCGACGCCCACGAGGACAAACUGGUCACCCAGCCGCUCAUGGAGCAGCCGUGCCGUAUCCCGGGCAGCGCCAAGUCGACAUUUCUGAUGGCGUUCAGUGGUGACGGGAGUCGGAUCGCCUCCACACACGGCGACCACAAUAUCUACGUGACGGAGGUGUCUAGCGGCGCGCUGCUCAACACGCUGCGCGGCCACCCGCGCAGCCCCUGGUGCGUGGCCUUCCACCCGACCAACAGCCAGCUGAUCGCCUCCGGCUGCCUGGGCGGCCAGGUGCGCGUCUGGGACCUGCACGGCGGCAGCGAGCGGUGGCAGACGGACGCCACGCACGUGAUCGCCUCGCUGGCGUUCCACCCGACCGAUCACGUUCUGGUGAUCGCCACCGGUAACCGUCUCUACUUCUGGAACUGGCAGAACGAGGAGCCGUUCGUGCACUGCAGCACCCUGCGCGCCAGAGAGCGGCUCCGGUACGUCAAGUUCGAUCCGCUCGGCUACAAGCUGAUCACGGCGAUUUCGAACGUGGCGCCGCCGUGGCAGGACUCGCAGGAGCCGGUGCUGCGCGCGCGGCCGGCGGCGCCGGCGCCGGCCGCCGACUCUCCGCCGCCGGCGCCGGCCGGCUCCGGUCCGCCGGCGGCGGCGGCGUGGGUCCCUGCGGACGACGUACUGCGACUGCUGCCGCCUCCCCCGCCCCCGCCGCCGCCGCCGCCGCCGCCGCCGCCACUGCUGGAGCCGGCCGCCCACGAGGGUCUGGAGCUGGCGCGCCAGUACGCGCGCGCCGUGAGCGCGGCCGCGGCGCCGCCCACGGACGUGAUCGCCAGCCUGGAGGCUGACUCGCGCGACAUGCUGAGCUGGGCGCACGGCGUCAUGGACUCGCUGAGUGACCUGAUGGCCGACAUCGGCCCAGAGUCCGGCGCCGCCGGCCGGCCGGCCGCGGCCGCCGAGCCGGUGCCGCCGCCCGGCUCCGGCCACCCGCUGGAGGGCCCGGUGCGCCGACAGCCGGUGCCGGCCGCCGCCGGACGCCUGGGCGACGAGUUCCGCUCGCGACUGGACGCCAUCACCACACACGUGGCCAACAUGCACCGCGCCACCAGACGGUCACGCGUGGAGGCCGGCCGCCAGCAGGCCAGCUACGUGGCGCAGCUGCAGAACAUCCGCGACAUGCUGAGCGCCCUCCAGGAGCAGAUCCGGGCGCUCUACUCGUCCCUGAACCGGCUGCCCGAGGCCGGCGGCGCCACGCCGCCCUGGGAACCGCCGGCGGCCGGCGGCGGCGGCAGCGGCGGCGGUGGCGGCAGUGGGGUGCGGCGCAGCGCCGCCUCGGCGGCGGCCACCCGGCGCGCCGUGCUGCGCCGGGGCGCGCGCCUCCGCACGCGGCUCUCGUCCCGGCCGUACCGCGGCGGCUCGUCGGACGGCGACCCGGCCGACGGCACGGCGCCGGCCGACCCGCCGCCGCCGGCCGAGCCGGACCAGACGGCCGAGCUGAGCUCGGACGGCGCCAGCCGCACACGCCCGCUGCCCGCACACUUUUGCGUGCGCCGCCGCGACCCGCAGCACGUGCGCUCGGCGCACCGGACCAGCCGGGCGCACUCGAGCCUGCGCUGCGCCCACUACCGGCUGCAGCACUCGCUGGCGCGCUGCGAUCAGCUGACGCGGCAGACGCAGCACCAGGUGCUGGCUGCCGAGCGGCAGAUCCGCCAGAUCCUGCGCCGGGCCGCCGGCUCGGAGCCGCUCUCUGCCGAGCAGCUGCGCCGCCGCGGCCGGCAGCCGCCCGCCGCCGCCGGUGCCGGCCCGCCGCCCAGCUCCGCUGACCGGGCCGGGCCGGCGGCUGAUCGGCCCGAGUCGGCCGCGGACCGGGCCGGGCUGACGGAGCGGCCCGGACUGACGGAGCGGCCCGGGCCGGCCGCUGAGCGUCUCGGCUGGGCGGUCGCCGGCGCCAUGGAGGAGGACGACAUGGAGACCCCGAGUCGGCUGCACCGGCUGUCACUGGAGGGCCCGCGGCCGGCGCCUCGGCCGGUGCCGCCGCCCGAGCCCCGCUUCUCCUGGACGCCGCCCUCCGGCAGAGCGCCCGACGAGCGGCGGCCGCUGGGCCCGAUGGGCUCUGAGGAGCGCGCCCUCUGGCUGCGGCGCUCGCCGGCCACGGAGGCGGAGCGCUCCCGACUGCUGGCCAGCCUGCGGCGACAGACGGAGCCGCGGCCGGCCGGCGACUCGCCGUGGUCGGCGGGCGUCUCCGACGACUGGCUGGAGGCGCUGGCGCCCGACCACGAGCUGCUCGGCUUCCGCCGCAACCGGAACCGCAUGCUGCUGGCCGACUUCCUGGAGUGGCGUCGGCGCACGCGGCGCCAGUCGGUGGGGCCGGGCGGCGGCGGCCGGCGACAGGAGGCGGCGCCCGACGGCGGCCGGCUGGGCAUGCUGCUGGACGCCGCCCGCCACCUGGAGCAGCACGACCCGGAGCCGGACUGCCGCGUAUUGAGGUGA